AUGUUCCAACACAGUCCAGCAUUCGAUUUCUCCAUUGUCUCUGAUAAUGACUUUCUCUCUUUGGAAGAGACAAUUCCAUUAUUCAGAGAUGACUCUGAACUUCAGAGUUUGAUCUCUUCUUCCUCUUUCUCUGCUUGUGCUGCUACAAGCCAGGAUUUGAGCAACUUUGCAGAGUUGUUUGCUGAUGAUCAAUCUCAUCAACAACAACAACAACCAUCAUCUGCUGCUGUUGUUGUUGCUGCUCCUCCCACAUGCAAUGUUGAAUCGGUUGUUGAUUCCAUCAGCAUCUCUCUCGAUGAUGAAGAAGAAUGGAAAGCUUUGCUCCAAUCCUUUGAAAAUUCCCACACAGAAGAAGAGAGAAGAAAGGAGGACGAUAAGGAAAUGAUUCCUUCUUUCCAAGAACUUGGUGCUUUACUUCAACAGUUACCAAGUUCUGCUCCUUCUUUUUGUGCUAAUCCUUCUUCUUCUUCAUUGGUGGUGGUUGCCACUGCUACUUCAGUUCCCUCUCAAGAAGAUAUUUACAUUCACAAUAGUAGUGGUAGUUGCGAGAAGCAAUCAUCAAGAAAGAAGAAAAAGAAGAAGGGACAAUCUCUUCAAGCAACAAACUCCAGACAGACAAAGAAGAACAAGUUUCUGAAAAGUGAACUCUCCAAGAGAUUGUCCUCCAUUCGUCAAGACUUGCUCAAUGAAGUUUUAAAUCCUUCUUCCUCAUCGAUGGUGGAGAAUUCUCAUUAUCCUCCAAAGAUCUCUCCAACGAGUUAUGUGGUCUUUGAAGAUGCAUCUUCUGAUGAGUCGUCAAACUCUUCCUCCUUUGAACUGACCAUUCAUUACUUUAAAGGACCAAAAUUGACUGGUGAUCGUGUUUUUAAUGAACACGAAUUGGAAUUGUUGAGUUCUCAAUCGGCACAAGUGAUUCGUUGUUCUCGUCAUUCAGUCACUUCAUUGAAAGGUUUACUUGAGAAUCACUUUGGUGUGAAUCGUGCCAAACAUUCCAUCUAUAUCAAGAUGGAUGGUUGUUCUGAAUAUCACAUGUUGUACUGUCAGAAAGGCAAAACAGAGAAUGUGAGAAGUUUGAUUCGAGUUCAAGACGAAUCAAAUGCUUUACACAUUUCCACACAUUGUUUGUGUUUGAACAAACUGUCAAACAUUGCAACUCCACCAUUGGAAUAUCAACUUCCAAAUGGUCUAUCUUCUUCCAAGAAUUAA